CGCCAUUUUAUAUUACAACCAAUAGCGCAUUAGCCUUUCAUACUUGUGGCCAAUCGGUGUUCUUACAUCUCACUUCGUCAUAUUACUUACUUCAAGUCAAGCGUCAUCGCCGUUCGUACCCAAAACCCAAACAAGACUUAUUGUGUUCAUUUGUGUUGUUUAGUGCUGCAUUUGAGGUCCUCAAUACUAUCUUGAAAUAAUAAAAUGGCUCGUACUAAACAAACUGCCCGUAAGUCGACCGGUGGAAAAGCUCCACGGAAACAAUUAGCUACGAAGGCCGCGCGUAAAAGUGCGCCAUCCACUGGAGGCGUCAAGAAACCCCAUCGUUAUCGUCCAGUUGAUUUUGUUUUAUUAUUUACAGGUACUGUUGCUCUUCGUGAAAUCCGUCGUUAUCAGAAAUCCACUGAAUUGUUGAUCCGAAAAUUGCCAUUCCAACGUUUGGUGAGAGAAAUUGCCCAGGAUUUCAAGACUGAUCUACGUUUCCAGUCAGCUGCUAUUGGUGCUCUACAGGAAGCCAGUGAGGCUUAUCUCGUUGGCUUAUUUGAAGAUACAAAUUUGUGCGCCAUUCAUGCCAAGAGGGUAACAAUUAUGCCUAAAGAUAUCCAGUUAGCGCGGCGAAUUCGUGGUGAACGUGCUUAAAAUUCGGGUUAUCAAGAAGCCAGAUAUCCCACAUGCACAUCUCGAUAUUUACCUAUUAUAAAUAUACACAUAUAUGUGGAAAUCGUGACAUUUAUGUUUAAGCAUUCACUUUUAUAACAAAUCAUCUUUACAUCUUAGGACGUAGUCAAAAUUUUGUUAAUCAAUAUUUUGCAUUUGAAUAUGAAAUUUUAGUUUUAAUUAUAUUUAUAUUAUCAUUUUUGUGUAUUGUUAAUACAAUCUUAAACAGCAAUU